CCGGUUCUUUCCUCCAGUGUGGUGUCCCGGGGGGCACUCUGAAUCUGUGCCGAGCUGCUCCUCGGGUGGAAGGCAGCUGAGAAUGUGAGGCGGCUUAAAGCAGGCAGCACGAAGGGAAGCAGCUAAGAGCCGCACUGAAGCGUCAGAGGUUCACAGAAUCACAAAACGCAUCGGGUUGGAAGGAACCCUCGAAGGUUACCUUUCCCACCCCUCCUGCAAUUGGUCACUUUUUUGAGGUCGCCAUGAGUGACUUACCACUGCAGUUCAUGGUUGGAGCAAACAUUGUAGAAGAGCAGAGGGCUCGCUGGGAGAGAAAGCGCAGCCGGACAGCCAAGGAGCUGCUAAAGACUGAGUACAAAUACCUUGAGCAGUUGGAUUUGGUGAUGACAUUCUUUGUGAAAAUUUUAAAGGCCAAGGGAACACUGAAACCUGCUGUAUUGGAAACCAUAUUUGGGCCCCUGGAACCCAUAUAUUUGGCCAGCCAUGCUUUUUCACUUCAUCUGGAAAGAGGGAAUCUGGGACGAGGACUGGAGAACUUUUGUCCAAAUCUGGAGCUUUAUGGCCACUAUGCUGAGAAUUUGGAGCAGGCAAAUAAAACCUUGAAGGAGCAACUGAGGAAAAAUAAGUCGUUCAGACGGUUUAAGAAACUCCAGGAGACUCGACCUCAGUUUCAAGGGAGGAAGCUAGAGGAUCUGCUUCCUUUACCCCUGCAGAGGCUGCACCAGUACAACCAUUUCCUCAGAGACUUGCUGGAGAACACCAGACUAGAGAGUGCUGACCACCAGAAACUUGCAAAGGCUGUGAAAUCUGUUUCUGAGGUAUCUCACUGGGCCGAGGACGUCAUUUGCAAGAGAGAGAACUUACUGCAACUACUCCGGGUUCAGAAACUGCUCAAAGGACAAAAGACUCAGGUUUUGGCUCCAGGUCGAUGGUAUAUCCGGGAAGGCUGGCUUUUGGUGGUGCCUUCAAAGGGAGGGGAACUGAAGCGCAGGAUGUUUUUCCUCUUUUCUGAUAUCUUUAUCGCAACAAAGCCCUGCCACCCGCUGCACCUGCUGAACUCGAACAAAUUGGCCUGCCAGGCUGUCUACCCGCUUCACCAGUGCGUAGUGAAGAAAGUGUUUGGCCACACGCAGAGCCAGGGAGGGCUCCUCAGUCUUUCUUUUCCACACAAGACACUGUUGUUGAUGUCCAGUGACCAACAAGACAUUAAUGAUUGGUAUCAGAGUCUCACAGCUGCAGUCAGGCAACUGAAAAUCUAACCCUCCCAAGCACAAGACAUACUGGCAGGGAAAGAGCCCCUCUUGGUGGAAGCCUACACAACCUUAGGAGAGGUUCAAGAAUAUAUAGUAGAAUUGUAUUUAGAGGAACUACAAACAGUGCUUGUGAGAUCAUGAAUUCUUUGUCAUAUACUGUAACCUUAAUACAGAUAUUGCAAAAGAUAGGUGUGCACACUAAGGUUUUGUAUAUAAAAAAUAUCUCUGUGA